CAGGUAUUUUAUAAUGCAACAAUUUUUAUCAUUGAAAUAGCUAAAUGAACAAAAAAAAUAAUAAUAAAGGAAUUUGAUAUCAAUAUAGGAAUAAAACUCACAAGUGGAAUAAGAAAGACAAAGAUAAUUAUCAGAGUAAUGAGAAAGAGAAAAAGUAAAUAUAUAAUUUGAUUGAUAUUAGCAUGAAAAAUUAGUAAAGAAAAUAAAAAUUAAAGAUUAAUAUUACAAAACAAAAAGAUACUGAAAGAGUGAAAAUAAAAAGACUAGAUUAA